UCAGCAACUUAUAGUGGGACUGCAGCGGGCAUUCUGACACUUGGGGGGGGGGGGCUGACUAACUGUCACUGACUACCCAGUUACAUUAAUACAGUGAUCAGUGCUAAUAAAAAGCACUGACAGUGUACUAAUGGCACUGGGCAGGAAAGGGUUAACAUCUAGGGCAACCAAAGUUAACUGGGUUAAUUUUACUGUGUGCUGUGUGACUGUUUCACUGUCUCAGCACACUGCUUUGUAUGGCUCUGCAUAGCAGAGCCAUACAAAGCAGUGUGCUUACAGUGAAGCGCAC